UUCCCGGUGCGGACGUGCGUUGAGCGGUGGAAAUUCUCGAACACGUUGCGAACACGAGCCGAAAAAAGAAAAUAUCAUAACAGUUCCGUUCGUUGUAACGCUCGGUUCCUGCGGUUUUUCGGUUUUUGCACUUUAAUUUCAUUAGCCGGAAGGCAGAGCGGGGAAAUGUCCACCGGGCAGUGCGAAUAAUCCGGAGGCAGAUGAAGAAGUGCGUAAAUUAUGACAUCGGGAUGGCUUAAAAAAUAAAAGAGAGAGCUGGAAGAGCCAAUGAACUUGCUGACAACUUGAGACGACCACAAGUGGAGGAGGAGGCUGUGGAGCAGCAGAAGGAGCAGGAGAAGCAGAGGGAUCCCUUUGGGCGGUCAAGGAACCAUGGGCGACCUGCAGGCCACCAUCGAAUUCUCCGUGGAGCUGCACAAGUUCUUCAAUGUGGAUUUGUUUCAGCGCGGGUUGUACCAGGUGCGCUGCGGCCUGCGUGUUUCACCCCGGUUGCCUGUGCAGGUGGAGACGAGCAUUCCGGAAGCGAGCGGAAGCGGCAAACAGAACGGACACGCGAACGGGGGCGCCACCGACCAUGGGAGCAGCGACAGCGAGAGGGGGGAGCAGCUGUCGCCGGGGGAAGUGCCACGCCUCCUCGACCCGCCCUCGGGGGGCAGCUGCACAUCCGCCUCGGUUAUCAACGGCAGCGGCGCCUCGCGCAUCUUCCAGAUACUCUACCGCAACGAGGAGGUGCCGCUGCGCGACAUCAUUCACUUUCGCAGUCAUUUACUAGUUGACAGUCGUCACCUGAAGGAGUCCAUUGAACGGGCCGAGUUCUCCCUGCAGCUGGAGCUCUGGUUCGGCGAGCAGAACGGCUCGAGCAGCCUGAAUGGCAAUGGAGGCGGCAGUGGAAUGGGCAGCUUCUCCGGAUCCGGCAGCUCCACGUUGACACUGGCCUCCACGAGGAACCUGCAGCUGAACUUCCAUCCGGGACGUGGCCUUCAUUACCAUCUGCCGGUGCUGUUCGACUACUUCCACUUGGCGGCCAUCAGUGUGGGCAUCCAUGCCAGCCUCGUCGCCCUCCAUCAGCCAUACAUCAAGAAAAGCAUGUUCUCGUAUAUGAAAUUCUGUGCCCCUCGCAGCUCGAAGCCGUGGAGUGCGGGCAAGCUGAGCUGCAGGGGAAACACUUCGCCAGGACCCCUGGAGGCGGUGUUCUUUGGACCCCAAAUUGGAGGCACCACCAAGUGCAGCGGAGGUCCUGCGGGCAGGCUGGUGCAAUCCCGAGCCAUUCACCGAGAGAUCUGCUGCUUGCUUUUAGGCGCCAUUGAGCAACUGAAGGCGACUCUCAACGAGUUCAGUACAGUGUUACCUCCGAGCAUAAACUCGCAGAUUGGCUCGCCUCCUCUGAGGGAGAACGACACGGGAGAAAGACUGCAACUUCUGCUGGACCAGGCCAAGCAGUUGGAGGCGGAGGAUGACUUCGCCAUUCGGGCCAAUUCGGACAUAGCUCAGCUGUGUGCGGAGAGCAUAUUCUGGUGGCGAAGGGUGCUCCUGGCCUCCAGAUCCUCGACGGCGGUGCACACACUGCUGGCCAGGAAGCACCACAUACUCAGGGUACGUCGCUUCGCCGAGGGUUUCUUUGUGCUGGAGCAGCCGAGACAUGCGGCUGCUGCCGGUUGCCAGGAUCAGACCAACGGAUCCCCGGCGACGAGUCACUGUCAAGGAUACGUGGCCAUCGCGGAGUUGGCCCGGAGGAGUCGCUACCUGCAAUCCCUGCCGCCGCUUCCCGUUCACUGCACUCCCAUCGACGGCGAUGCCUCCUCGCUGCCCCUGAUCUUCGAGGAUCGCUAUGUGAACCCGAACAGCACCUAUGCCAGGCGGAGAUCGGGCAGCGAUCCCCAGCUGGAUGAAACCAUCUCCGUGGUCGGUGGCCAGAAGAAGAAGGUGGACAAGACCCACUCGAGCAGCAGUUUGAACGGAAUCAAGGACUGCCUGGCCUGCCACUUCGACUACGAUUAUCCGCAGACCAAUGGAUCGGGUCCGGCGCAUCCGCAUGCCAAAUGUGUGAUCACGCCGAGAUUCGCUUUGGGUGGGGAGGUCCUGCAGGCGAGCCUGACCAUUGCUCCCAGCAAGGAGGCCCCUGCGGAAGUGACAGCUACUCCCACUCUGCGCCACAACUUGUCCAGGCAUUCGGUGACCGGUCUGCUGGAGGACCUCGAUCUGGACGCCAGUGUGCCGGCGCGUCACAGCAAAUCCCUGGACCAACUGGACGGUUGCGAGGGCAUGACCUCCAAUCCGGUGACCACGACCAAUAACCACACUCUGCCCAGACUUCAGGCGGACGAUCUGAUGAGGAAUAUCUGCGAGUUUCGGCAGCGGUAUGGCAAGUUCGACUAUCUGCACGAGAUCAAGCUACUGAAUCCCCCCAAGCAACAUCAACAGCAGCAGGUUUCCCAGCAGCAGCAGCAGCAGCCAAGCACCAAUGGUUACAACUCACUGCCCAAGUCCAUGGUUCCCCCGAGAAACUCCUAUCCACCGCCUCCUCCGAGUCAGCACACCACCAUGCCCAGGAGCAGUUCCUCCCAGAUUCCCCGGGCUGUAGAGAUUGCCAGGGUGAGGGUAUCCGAUAUCAAGGAGAUGCUGCGGCAGGGUCAACUGAGGAAGGAGUCCAGCAGCUCCGAGAGCGACAUGAUGCAGAAGCUCCAGAUGCUCAGCUCGAAUAGCGUUCCCUUUCGCUUGGAGGGCGCUGGCAAUGGAACGAGUAACAACAACACCACCAGCAGCGAUCCCAACACCAGUGGUUUCAGUGAGUCCCUGCCCAAUCUGGCUCCUCCACCGGAAUUCGACUCGGACUCCCAGUUGAGGCGGCAGAGGAGCAACUCCACUUCGUCGCUGAGCGAGGAGAGUGGCUGGGUGAGCAGUCGGCGGAGUUCCCUGGCCAUUUCCAGUCCGGAUACCAUCACCAGUACGGGUCUCACCAACCGCCAGAGGCACACGCAACUCAACUUGGGCAUGGGCAUGGCCAUGGAGACCCGUCUGAACGGCGAGCAGUUGAGGUUGCGCCUGCAGAAGGUCCUCGAGCAGCAGCAGCUGCAACAGCAGCAUCCGCACAAGACCCGGAAGAGACAGGCCGCCGGCGCAGGAUCCUCCAGUCAAAGUCGAACUCCUGCGCGCCAGCAGACCGAAGUGCACAAGAAGAUCUCAUCGGUGACGGUGAACAUCAAACGGGAGCGUUCCCGCUUCCAACUGGACAGACUGCGUCAGCUGCCCAACGGUGAGUCCACAGAGGUGGAGGAAAUGGAUCCGCCACCGAGGAGGAAUCGCCACAAGACUGCCUCCUCCUCCGCCAAGUGCGAGAAGUCCAAGUCGGAUUUCGACAUCACGAGUCUGAAGGACAUGCAGCCAUUGGAUGCGGUGUGUUUGCCGCCUCCGCAGCAGUUUCAGGAUCAGGAAACGGAGAUGGCCUUGGUCCUGGCUCCACCGCCACCUGAUGAGUUCAGGGACCCACCACCGGAACCCGCUCCCGUGGCUCCAAUAGCACCUGCUCCGCUGCCAGCUCCUGCUCCAGCUGCCCUUCCUCCGGCGGGAAAAGCCAAGGUGGUCUCGUGUCACCUGCCACCUCCACUUAAGGAACGCCAGCCCGUGGGUGCCAUUGACAAUCCAGUGUACCACAUCUAUGAGUCACUGCGUCCGAUCUCCACGCCAGCCAUCUUUAGCAAUAAGCCAGUUCUCAAGUCCCACAGCCUGGCCGAGUUAAAGAGACCGCAGAACCUUCCCAAUCCCAAUCCCUUAAGUCACCAAUGCAAAUCCCAUGCAGUCAAUGGUAAUGGCUUAGAGAACGGAUUGGACCAGGAACAAGAUGAGAACAAGGAGAACUCCAAUGGCCAAGUGAGAGCUGCCAAGCAGGCAAAUGGUUCCAAUACCAUUUCGAAGCACAAGCGCAAGGGACAAGUGGCGUCCGCCGUCCAAGAGGCUCCUCCCAGCAUCUCCCUGCUGGAGUUCGAAAAGUAUCGCGAGGAGUUCCGGAAGCAGAUCAAAUAUCAGGGGAGCAUAUACUCCGAUUACGUUCAGCUGGCCUCGGAACUUCCGUACUUCUACAUCAGUGACGAAUACCGCGCAUUCUCGCCCAACGGAAUGCACCUCGUGAUUUGUGUCCACGGAUUGGAUGGCAACUCGGCGGAUCUGAGGCUGGUGCGCACCUACCUGGAGCUGGGCUUGCCCGGGGUGAAUCUCGAGUUUCUCAUGUCGGAGAGAAAUCAGGGGGACACCUUCUCAGACUUUGACACCAUGACUGAUCGGCUGGUAACCGAGAUACUCUACCAUAUCGAUAGCUGCGCUCUGAAUCCCGCUCGCAUCUCAUUUGUGGCCCACUCGCUGGGCACGAUUAUAGUAAGGAGUGCCUUGGCCAGGCCCCAAAUGAGACCCCUUCUGCCGCGACUGCACACCUUCCUGUCGCUAUCAGGACCACACUUGGGAACACUUUACAACACGAGCGGAUUAGUCAACAUGGGCAUGUGGUUCAUGCAAAAGUGGAAGAAGUCGGGUUCCCUGUUGCAGCUUUGCAUGCGAGACACCACCGACAUGCGAAAUUGUUUCCUGUACAGGCUGAGCCAGAGAAGCACCCUCCAUCACUUCAAGAACAUCCUGCUCUGCGGAUCUAGCCAGGAUCGCUAUGUUCCAGCGCAUUCGGCACGCUUGGAACUUUGCAAGGCGGCCAUGAGGGAUAGCUCCUCGUUGGGCACCAUUUACAGGGAAAUGGUGCACAAUAUAAUCGCUCCGAUUUUGGCCCGGCCAGAACUGACUUUGGCCCGUUUUGAUGUCCAUCAUGCGCUGCCUCACACGGCCAACACUUUGAUUGGUAGAGCGGCUCACAUUGCUGUCCUGGACUCGGAGCUAUUUAUUGAGAAGUUUAUGCUGAUUGCGGGACUCAAGUACUUUAGUUAACCAGAGCGCUAGAGGAUCUGGCUGUCCAAUGGAAUUACAAAUUCUGCUGAUAAUGGUCUAUAGAAGAGUCGUAGCAACAUAAUCUAGUACAGUACAUAGUCGAAAGGCCAAACUACUCACUUAGUUCAUAGAUUUAUUAUGAAAGAGAGACUUGAAACUUCAGGUCGUUUUUAAAUAAGUAAAAUAGGGUUUAAAAACUGAAUUUUUUUAUAUUUUAUUUAAUAAUGAAUAACGGGUCGAUUUUUUUUGUUAACUUUUAAAUGUUUAUAUUCAAAAAGAAAUUUUAGCUUACUUUAAAAACAUAUUAUAUGUACUUUCUCUAUAACUUUAACCUCAUCAACAUGUACUGUACUUUUUAUUUAACAAAAAUCAACUAUUUGAAAACACAGGGUACUCAUAAAUCGAAGACAAACAAGAACCAGAGUCAUCAGAUCAGCCAUCUGAUUCCAAUCAAUCUGCAAUUGGAACAAGGAAUUUAUUGAAGCAAAUCGUUAGACUUGAAUUUUUUACAAAUGCAACUCUUUUGUAGCGAAUUGAUACCCACACUCUCAUACGAAAAAAUCAAAAACCAAAGAAUGUUUAAUCAAAAACCUAUAACCAAAACCAAAAACAGCAUAACUGUUGCAAACGUGUUACGAUAACUCAAUUUUUAGCUGUAAGAGUUGAAAGCAUACAAAGCAAAAACAGAAGCCAAAGACAUCAAAAGUAGUGUUAAAAUUCCAGUUCAAAACUAUACACGAGACUUUUUCGAAACGGUUGAAUUGCAAAAGGAAAGUGAACGAAAACAUGUUAAGUAUACGUAAACUAUCGAUAGUAGUUGAGCACGGGCAAGGUCAGGUUGCAUUUUGAUGAAUGGUAGCGAAAUAGUAUUAGCAAUUUUUAAGACUAAUCGAACACAAACGGAGACAAAACGGUUUUUUCCAAAUCUUUUUACUGCUAGAAAAGAGAACAAAUUUAGAAGAAAUAGAGUAAUGAGUAGUGUAGAGGUAGCGUUGAAAUAGUCGAGUUGUUGGUAGCUGAGUGCAUUAUUGGAUCGUCAAUUAAGUUAAGGGCUCGACGGGAAAGAGGUUUGUUUGCAGAUUUAGAUUUUUCAUUGGGAACAAGAUUGAUAACGUAGCGCGUGUAGAACAGUUAGGAAAAAACCUUGCAAAUUCGUAGUCUAGUCUAACUCUGUGUUUUUUGAGCUUUUUCCAAUCGCUGUUGUGAACUACUACUCUUUGUGACCCUACCAGAAAUUGCAUUCUUCACGUGUAUAACCGUCCUAAAUGUAACUACAUUAUCAAAUUGCUAGCGCGGUAACUGUGUAAUUGGUUUUAAAAAUGUUUGUGUGCAUUCAAAAUUGGAAUGUUUAUUGAAAUGUUUCCUAAAGCACUACGAUUUUACUAAAUGUAUUCCAUCAAAUUUGUGCAAAUUCCCCUGAGUUGCAGUUUUAAUGUUAUCUUUUCAAAUAAAAUAUGCUAAAAUUAAAUUUUAGUCGAACAAAAACCAA